GUAGAUGCCGCCGCUAGGUGUCUCCGGUGCAGCGAUAAGUGGUAUUCAGGGCUCCGCUGUGUUCCCGGCGGUAGCGGCGGCGAUGGGAGAGACGGAGACCGGGGGGGAAACAGCGGUGGAGAGGCCGGGACCUCCACCAGAGGAGCCGGUGCUGUGGAGCCCCGAGGUGGAAGUCUGCCUCUUCCAUGCUAUGCUCGGCCAUAAGCCCGUAGGAGUGAACCGACACUUCCACAUGAUCUGCAUCCGGGACAAGUUCAGCCAGAAUAUCGGGCGUCAGAUUUCAUCCAAAGUCAUCUGGGAUCAUCUCCGCACCAUGUAUGAUAUGCAGGCUUUGCACGAAUCGGAGAUCCUCCCGUUCCCAAACUCUGAGAAGAACUUUAUACUUCCUGAAGAGAUCAUCCAGGAGGUGAAGGAAGGUAAAGUAACCACAGAGGAUGACGGAAAAGAAGAAGGCAAGGAAGAUGUAGAUGUCAAUUCCGUCUCCGAUGAAGGAAAAAGUGCAGAAAAACCAAGCGUCAAGGAGAAGGAAAGAACUCUGUCCGAAUCGGGCUCCAAAGAGGCAGGUGACAAGAGGAAGAGGAACCGUCAGACAGAGAAAGUUCUCAAUGCCAGCAGUAAUCCUUCUAGUCCUAAUGCCAACAAGAGGCGGCGCACGUAGGCGACAGACUGUUAACGGGUACUAGGCAUUUUAUACUACAGCAAUACAACUUUCACCCCUAUUAAAGCAACUUUUUUUUUUUUUUUUUUUU